CGUGUUGUUUUGCCUGUUUUUUCGUACGACGCACCACAUUUUCCUCAGCUCAUAUAAAACAAACGCAUCACGCCAGCUUCCAUUUAAUUAAUCAGUUUCUACCAGAUAAUAUCAAAUAAGUGAUAACUAUAGUGAACCACAUUGUUUAUUAUCGCAACUGACAGUAUUAAAAGUGAAUCGAAGUCAGUUUAUUGUGUGCCUUGUUAUACGUUUAUUGUUCGAUAAGGGAAUGUCAUUUAGCAAAAAUAUAACAAAAUGCAGCAGAAGGUGCAUGAUCACCAUCCAAAGAAGAGGCUAUAAUUCUGGAGCAUCGGACACCGUGGACACGGCCAAAAUGCAAGCGAAGAGCAUUAUUCUAAACCAGUUGAAAUUGAUAACGCAACUGAAAAAUUUCAUAUCUAAGGUGACGUUGGACAAAACGUUCGAGAAUGCCCUCAACAAGGAAUUUGCACACUUUCUACAAAAGAUUCAACCGAAAACAUAUGGCAAGGAUUUGAUAAGAUACUUUGAGUCGACGACGGCUAUUCCGAAAACUUUAGAUAAGCAAACUGAUCAGGACACAUCACCCUCCAGUAUUUAUUUGCCGAAAGUAUUUAGUGGACUUACAUUUGGAAUUGGAAUGAAAGUGGAAAAGAAAGAGGUCAUACCUAAGUGGAAAAUGGGCAAACCUACAGUAUCCAAGGAAUCCAUCACGUGCAGGACGAGCCAAAUCUUAUCGUCGGUUAUGGUCGCGGAGAUGGUCAAAUCGCGCCACUCAAGAAUCGAAGAUCUAAUCCAUCACCUAAAGCAAUAUCCCGAAGCCAAGCAUAAUGCUGUCAAGGAAGGUGCAAUUAGAAUGUUGCUUUAUGUCAGAGAGCACAAUAAAGAUCCGGCCAUCAGUGAGUCAUUGCGUGAGGCGUUUGCCUUGUUGGGGUUCUGUGAUCCUGUGAAAGGAAAGGGUAUUCGUAUAUUGUCUGUUGACGGAGGCGGAGUUCGUGGCAUUUUGGUGAUCGAGAUGCUCAGAAAGCUGGAGGAGUUCUGUGGCAAGCCAAUAUACGAAAUGUUCGAUCUGAUUUGUGGCGUCAGUACUGGAGCCAUACUGUUAACUCUCGGAGGACUGAAAAGAUGUUCUUUAGACGAAGUAUCAGAAAUUUAUAAAAAUAUAAGCACUCAAAUUUUCACCCAGUCAACCAUCAAAGGUACUAGCAAUUUAGUCUGGAGCCAUUCAUAUUACGACACUGCUCUAUGGGAAAAAUUACUGAAGGCUCAGUGGGGUGAUAAAACGCUCAUAGAGACUAAUAGAGACGAGAAAGUACCGAAGUACUGUGCAGUGUCUGCUGUGGUAAACCAGACGAGAUUGUCCGCUUACGUGUUCCGCAACUAUUCACUACCCUGUCGCGUCCAGUCUAACUACUUGGGCGGCUGCGACCACCGCGUGUGGGAAUCGGUGCGGGCGUCUGCGGCUGCGCCCACUUAUUUUGAAGAGUUCCGUUUGGGGCGUAUGCUUCAUCAGGAUGGCGGCAUUUUGGUCAACAACCCGACCGCGGUCGCUGUUCAUGAAGCUAAGCUAUUGUGGCCCGAUACACCACUCCAGUGCGUGGUCUCUUUCGGAACGGGGCGCACUGCCAUCAAUCCACCUACCGAUUCGGAACAGGAAACUGCCACUCUCAGUGGGUCAUCAUGGAAGAAUAAAUUUUACACCAUAUUAGAUAGUGCAACUGAUACUGAAGGUGUUCACACCAUGUUAUCGGAUUUGUUGCCGGCAAACGUGUACUACAGAUUCAAUCCAUAUUUGACGGAGAUGCUGGACAUCGCUGAAAUUGACCCCCAUAAAAUCGAGCAGCUGAAGAGGGACGCUAUAAUGUAUUUACGCAGAAAUGAGGACAAGUUUCAUGAGGCUGCUCAAGCUUUGAAUAUGAAAAAGAGCAAAGCUAAACAUGCUGUUGAAUGGAUUAAUUUGAAGAAAGACAUUCUAGGAUUUAAACAAAACUAAUUUUGUAUCAAUGUUAUUUACACUCUUUUAUAUAGUUUAUAGUUACCUGAACUCUGUGAUGAUUUAGAAUUAGAUUAGUUAUUUAUUUUUUAUAAUUAUACAGACUUCACAUGUGAUAUUUUUAUAAGCAAUAUAGUCUUAAUAAACAAA